AUGAUGAGAGGCGCGAGAGGUGACGUCAUGAGCAGCCUGGGGAGAGGAAUCUGCAGCCAGACUCACUGUGGUGCAGUAUAUGUCGUGACGUUUCAUUCUAAACCGGUGUCUCAAAAUAACUGUAACACCGCCGCCACUGUGUAUGGUGCGUCUGCGGCUAGUGCACCAUCCUUGUCAUCCUAUGACGAGAGGGAUAUGGUGGCUACCGGCGGCACGGUUCGUGAUGGGGCUGCUGGUGAUAAGAGCACGGCCGACGGUGCUGCACGGCUCACCACAAGUGUCCUGUCCUCGAGCUAUCAUUGAAUGGAGAGCAGGGAGAGAGGUACGAGGAAAGCGGCAAGGAAGAAGAUAUGUAGAGAGAGGAAGAAAGGGAGCAUGAGAAAGAUC